CAGGUUAUGAGAGAAAGCAUAGGAAACUUGUAAAUAGUCUCUUAUGUUCGAAAGUUGAUUAUUAAAUUCAAGACAGAGUGACGUCAUCAUUGUUUUGAUACGUGACGUCAUAGGGGUGUAAAGACUGUCAGUCAGGGUUUAUAACCACAGACGGACCAAGACCAGGUUUUACUGUCGGACCCAACAGUAGCUACUAAAAAAAUAAGAUUAGGAAAAGUGACUGGUAAAUUUGACUAGACAUAAAAAUGGCAGCUAGUAAAGGCAGUAAAGGCAUAGAAACGGCAAUUACCCUCACCACUAACCACAUGGCUGCAGGGUCUCUAUGCCCUCCUUUAGGAAUUGGAGUCAUGCGAUGUUACAGUAUGAAGUAUUGCCCAUAUGCACAGCGUACGCGUUUAGUGCUGCUUGCUAAGAAUAUAAAGCAUGAAGUGGUAAAUGUCAACUUACGUUCCAAACCAGACUGGUUAUUUGAGAAAAACCCAUUAGGCAAGGUUCCUGUUCUAGAGAAAAAUGGUGAAACAAUAUAUGAGUCUCUUAUUACGUGUGAUUAUUUGGAUGAAGUUUACCCAAACCCACCUUUAUACCCAUCAGAUCCUUGGAAGAAAGCCCAGGAUAAAGUUCUUAUUGAUAGAUGGGCCAAGGUAUCUCAAGCAUGGUACAAGAUCCGAUUUGCUGUUGGAAAUGAAGAAAUAAUGGCAAAGGCACUUCAAGAACUUCAUGAAGGAUUAGACAUUUAUGAGUCAGAGUUGAAGAAGAGGAAAACAAAAUUCUUUGGGGGUGAAAAGCCAGGAAUGCUUGAUUACAUGAUUUGGCCUUGGGCUGAGCGAAUUUGUGUAUUGCAAGAAAUUUCUGGAGAUAAAUUUCUGACUGAAGAAAGCUAUCCAGCUUUAAUUUCAUGGACUUCAAGUAUGUGUGAAGAUCCUGUCACCAAGGCCUUGCUCAUCCCUUCUGAAGUAUAUAAACAUUACUGGAAGACUUUUGAGUAUGAUUUUUAGAAAUUUACUUUAGUACCUCCAGUCUGUAGUGAUUUUUAGAAUUUUGCAAUACUUGCAGACUGUUGAGUAUGACUUUUUAGAAAUUUACAUUACCUGCAGACUGUUGAUUCUUUAUAGAAAUUGUUAUAGAUGAUAUUGGUAGAUUUACAAGUGAGUAGUAUAUGAAAGAGCCAAUGAGUAUUUUAAUUUGUUUAAAGUAUUUUAGUACUGUAUUCCAUUAGAAUUAUGAAAGGAUGUUAGUAUUUAAAAGAUAUCGUUAUUGUUUAUCUUUUAAAAGACCAAAUAUAGCACCUGUUGUAAGGCCAACUACUCACUCAUAUUGGUGCUAAGAUGGGACAGUGCCAUUAGUAAUUCAGAGACUGCCAGAUCCUUUGAAGAUGCGCUUUUGGUUCCAUUGAGAACUUUUUUACCUAAUCCCAUUUAAGCUGGCUUGCAAUAAAGAUAAAUAAACUUAAUCUGGGAACUUCGAAUAUUAUAGGUUAACUGUUGUGCUGAGAUCAUAAUUACUUCAGAUUCAUUUGUUUUGUUGGCUAAUCAGAUUUAAGGCCGUAUCAUAUUGACUUGGGAAGAGGCAUGUCAUGGGAGUUUACACCUGUUUGUAAGAAUUAGCAACUUCAAGAUGGGAACCCUACUGAUUUUUGGCAAAAUUGUACUGUUAAGUCUGCAAUGAAAAUUACUUUCAAGGCAGAACACUAAUAUAUUUUAGUUUAAUUUGAAAAUGUAUUGCCCAAUGACACUGGAUCUUGUUUGGAAAUUUUCCAACCCUAGGACUUACUUCAAAUUUAUGGACAUGAGCAGGGCUUGCUUGCAAAACAGGAAAGCAUACUUUAGUAUGGAUAUCUUUAUAAGAAAUAGUGAAGCAUUUUUCUGUGAAGUGUACAGUUCUUAUAUGCGUAACUCUCAUGCAUUUCUCGUGUAUAUGUAGUCUGUCAUGAAUUUAGAAUUUUUGAAACUUUGUACUUAUUGUCUGAGACUUCUAUUUCUGUAGUUACUUGAAUUCCUUACAAACUAUAGAUUCAUGCUCUGUUACUGGUUUUGUAUUGACAGUUUAAUUGAAGUGUAUGUGGAAAGAAAAGUUGUAUGGAAAUAAUUGCCAUGUUUAUGUGUAGUUUUAUAUUGUGUAUAAAAAGAAUAUUUUUGUAGGGGAAUUUAUAUUGUUUUACUAGUGUUGAUAAUUUUAAAUUGUAAGACCUUUGUAACAUUUGUUAUAUUAAAGUUUUGUAGAGUUCUCA